AAUGGAUCGCCAGCGUUUGGAGAAACUGUCGCUGGCCGAGCUGCAAGAUGAAGCUCGACGUUACGGUUUGGAACCAGCGGUCUUUAGAGAACCGUGCAUCGAUCAGCUGAUGACCCAUCUGGAAAGGAAUGGGCCGCUAAUUUAUUUUUGUCGUGAAGGUGCGGUGCCGCUUGCUAAUCCGACCGCGGAAUCUGGGCGGAAAAACUCCGGUGCGCAAGCUCGUCUAGCAGUGGUGGCUAUCAUUCAGCGCCUUCGGACAGUGCUUUAUUGAGAAUUUGUGAUAUGAUGGCUGAGCAGCUGCAAAAUCAAAUGAUGAUGCAACACAUGUUCGGCAAUUUGUGUUAAUCGCGAUUCGGACAGUUCCUUACACCGAUCGGUACCCAUCGCUCCGGAGGAUGAGGCAGGUCGCUCAUCGGAUCCUUAUAACUUGACGCGUCGCAUUCCGACCUCGGCAGCGAAGGCGCACUCGGUGAAUUUAUUGGCUACGCACAUUCCGGACUUUAGUGGAACUGAAGACGAAGACGCAGAGAUACGGAUUCAAACAGUCGAAAGAGUGGCGCAGAUUCAUGGAGUGUCAAAUGACAUCUUAUUACUUGCUGCAACUGGAAAAUUAAAGAAUGUGUCGAGAAAGUGGUUCGAUUUAAAUAUUAAUACCGUAAUCGAAGCAUGGCCUGUUUUUAAAGCAGCUUUCUUAAGACGUUUCAAACGUACUAUACUAUUUCACGUAGCGAUGCAAAAGGCUGACGCACGCAAGUGGAAUUAUCUUAAAGAAUCCUUCCAGGACUACGCCUUGGACAAGCUGGUGCUUAUUAAAAAUUUAAAAUUGCCUGAAACGGAGAUCAUUCAUCUUCUAAUCAACGGCAUUGCGAGCAGUUCUCUACGGGAACUCGCCGCGGUUUUAAAAGUUACCACGGUCGAUGAGUUCUUGGAGGAAAUGCAUCGCAUUACGCUGGCGUCCGGAGAACCGGGGAAAAAGCAGUCAUCUCCGUCUGGUAAACCUAUCCAAAAGUCUAAAAAUACCAACGAGUCUUCAGAGAAAAACGUAGAUCAACUAAGAGCUACCAAGGAUCUUUAUUGUGUCUACUGUCGAAACAAGGGUCAUCUGAGAGCGGAUUGUUUCCGGCUUAAAAGGAAAGAGCAGCUCCAACAACCGACCAACCCCGUGAACGCCUCAACCCCUGUGUCAGCAGUGGAGGAGGACGCUACUUCUUUAUCAGCGGUGACGCCCUCCACAACAGUGGCUUCGGUGAAACUGCGGGACGACAGGAACCUUGUAACUACAGACUCUAGUCUUACUGUUGUCGAAUUGAACAAUACCAAAUGUAAAUUAAUCGCUUUAUUAGAUUCGGGGAGCCCUAUCUCGUUCGUUCGACCGUCAAUUUAUAAGAAAUAUUUUGAUAUUCCAAUUAAUUUUUUGCAAAGGAACUCUAAAGAUUAUACAGCAGUUAAUAGCACACCAAUACGACUUUUGGGUUCAAUAACGUCUACAUUAAAAUUAGAAGCUCUGUCUAGACUUAAAGCGAAGGUUAGCUUAAACGUUUUGAACGAAGAUACCCUUGCUACUGAUUUAAUUUUGGGCUUAGACUUUUUCUAUGAAAAUAGUAUAACUUUUCAAUUGUGCCCGAAGGUAAAGCAAGCGGAAGAUAGGCUUAAAUUGUUCUCUGAAGUCGUAUUGGCUGAAACGGACAAUAUACCUAAUAGCAUUAAGUCAAUUUUGUCCAAACUCUUGACCAUUUAAAUUGUGAUACGAGAAACCAAUUAAUCCCUUUAAUUACAGAAGUAGAGGAUAGCGAAAUAUUAGAGAAGGAAAGCGAGUAUAGUGUCAAGAUUGCGCUCAAGGAUGAUUCAGUUUACGCAUAUGCGCCAAGGAAGUUCGCCUGGACUGAAAGACUACAAAUCCGGGAUAUCACUGAUGAUUCGUGACACUUCUGAAACGUGGUAUCAAAAAGAUUAGUUGUUUCCCUUACUGUGCUCGUGUGAUUCCGGUAAGAAAAAAAGAUGGUUCUUUGCGCCUUUGUGUCGAUCUUAGACCUUUGAAUAACAGGGUAAUCAAGCAAAAGUACCCCUUCCCUUUAAUAGAGGAUUGUCUGGCACGUUUGAGCAAUAAAAAUAUUUUUACUUUGUUGGACCUCCAAGAUUUUACCAAAGGUUCUAAUCAAAAAUCUAAUCAAAGGUUCUACCAAAUAAAAAUUCAUCCAGAUUUUUCGAAGUACUUCGCUUUCGCUACCCCUGAUGAGCACGAAUAUAACAGGUUACCUUUUGGCUUCUGCGAUGCACCAGCAGAAUUUCAGAAGCGUCUGGUUCAAAUUUUGCAGCCCCUCAUAAGGGAUGAUAAAGUAAUUGUCUAUAUAGACGACAUCUUAAUCCCAGCCGUUUUAUUUGAGGAAAACAUGGAUGUUUUGAAACAAGUUUUACUAUUGCUCAAACGUCACCAGUUUUAACUCAACUAUAGAAAGUGUCUUUUCUUAAAAAACUACAAUAGAAUAUCUCGGUUACAUUCUUUCGCCUUCGGGAAUAACCCUUAGUAAACGGCAUACGGAGGCCGUAAGAAAUUUUCCCCUACCUAGGAAAAUUGUAGAGGUUCAACGAUUUUUAGAGCUGACCAACUACUUCCGUAAAUUUAUCCCUAAUUAUGCCACUAAAGCCAAGCCCCUGUAGAAUCUCUUGGGAAAAACAACCAAGUUUAUUUUCGAUGAUAAAUGUAUCUAAGAAUUCCAAAUUCUUAAGGAUGAGUUAACGGCUUCUCCAAUUUUAUGUUUGUAUAACCCCCAGUUGCAAAUUGAAUUGCACACCGACGUGAGUUCGAUAGCGUUGGCUGCCAUAUUUAUACAGAAGCAAGGCACGGGAAAAUAGGGACCGGUAGCCAGUCUACCAAUAAGGCAGAAAAGAACUACCACAGCUUUGAAUUAGAAAUGUUGGCAGUCGUCAAAGCUGUGGAAAGGUUCCACAUUUAUCUCUAUGGUUUUCAUUUCACCGUGAUAACAGACUGUCACGCCUUGGUAUAUGCGGUUAACAAGGCCCAUCUUAACCCCUGGAUUUCUAGAUGGACCUUUCGGUUACAAAGCUAUAAUUUUAAAAUUUUCCACCGAGAAGGACGUCAUAUGGACCACGUGGAUGCGCUAAGCCGUAUCGCCGCGUAUAUAAAGCUGAUGCCUUUAGAGAGGGAGCUCAAAAUUAAACAGUUGCGUGAUUCCAGACUCAAAGCUAUCGCGGAGUUUAGAAUUUUCAGAUAAUGAAAAAUUUGAGCUAAUAGGAUUAGUUUUUCGAAAAUGCUGUAACAAACCACGUUUUGCAGUGCCUGAUUCGAUGAUACCAAACGUUUUACGUUUUUACCACGAUGAAUUAGCGCAUUGCGGUGUCGAAAUAACGGCCCAAGGAAUAUUGGCUAAUUAUUGGUUUCCUUCCCUAAGAAAAAGAGUUUACGAUCACGUAGACAAUUGUCUGGUAUGUCUCAUGUCUAACGCUUCCUCUAACGCUCGAGAGAGGGCGAGUUAUAAAUUGUUGACAACCCUACUAAACCCUUUCAAAUUUUACAUAUAGACCACUAUGGUCCUCUAAAAGAAUCUGCCGCGGGUUUAAACAUAUUCUGCUAACGGUUGAUGCCUUUUCCAGGUUUACAUGGCUUUUUCCUAUUAAGUCAACAAGUUCAAAGGAAGCCAUAAAACAUCUAACUUACUUAUUCAAUAUUUUUGGUAAUCCUAAUACAAUAGUGUCAGAUCGGGGCACCUCCUUUAUAUCAAAAGAAUUUUCAGACUUCUUACAAUCCUUCAAGGUUUCGCAUCGGUUGAUAGCCGUAGCAGCCUUGGACAAAUGGUAUGGUGGAGCGGAUUAACAAAUUUCUCAAAACCGCUUUGAGAAAGACUAUCGAGGAACCGACAUCCUGGGACACGUUGUUGAGUACCAUACAAUAUGUUACCAAUAACACUUUCCAUCUCCCUCUAAGUUACUGCUCGGGUAUGAGCAAUCCAGCCAUUCGGAUGCGAAUUUAGUUAGGUUAGGUUUCUUAAUGACAUUGCGGGGUCCGAGCUCGAUUUUAUAGAAAAUUGCGAGAAUAGCCAACAAUUAGCUAUAGAAACAAUGAACAAGAUUCAGAAUUACAACAAGAUCUACUACGAUUAAAGGCACAAAAAACCAUUACGUUAUAAUUUAAGUAAUUAUGUCUUGAUUAGAGACACCUCAGCUAAAACCGGUGAAGAUAAAAAGCAUAAGCCUAAUUACAAGGGCCCGUAUCAGAUCACUAAAAUUCUUAAAAAUAUUAGAUGUCGUCGAAGAUAUCCCCGGUUUCAACGUAACCUCCAGGCCGUACAAUUCCAUUUUGUCGCCUGAUAGAAAUAAACCCUGGGUUAAGCCAGUGGAAUGAGAUAACGAUUAAUACCGUAGAAAAUAAUCUAUCACAAGAACUUAGUUUUAAGCAUAUGUAAUCUAUAUCCUGUUUUUUUUUAAUCAAUUGUGUUGUUUUCUUUUGUAUUUUAGGUUAAGCUUAGAUAAGAAUGAUUCGUUUUUGUGACGAAGUAUUGGUAUAACGGUUAUGCACGAUAGUUACUAAAGGCUGUUACUCUGGAAAUCCAUUUUUAUGCUUAAGCGUUUCAAAAAUGUUAACGCAAAUAUUGCAUUUUAUUUUAGUUACCUUUUGUGCAGACUCAGACUUGAUAUUACUUUUAGAGAUAAUUACUAUAUAUAUAUAUAUAUAUUCUUAAAUAUUACCUAUAGUUAGUAUCUGCCGGAGUAAAUACGACUUGAGUGUAUUAAGCUAUGAGAUAUUAGUUAAUAUUGGAUGGUACUGUAAUUUUCUAUUUGUCUUGACGUUUAUCCGGUGUUAAAGAAACGGGAAAAACAUUCGGGCCGAAUGUAUGUCAGAAUGGUCAAACUAUAAGAAACAUCUAUAUUUUUUAUUUUACCAAUCCGGUCGAUUACAUAGUUAGAUUAGUACCAUAGGCGUUCCGUUUAUGAGAGGGUCGCUCGGGUCGCUAUAAUGUGCGCGCGACGCGGCAACCUGUUUUGUGAUUGGCUUAUGAAUAGAGGCUCGCGUAGCGAGAGGCGCCUGAGUCGAGUGCGCAUGCCUAUGAUUGCGGGAUUGGUGGAGAGUGAGGCCCCCCUCGAGAGAACAGGAUGUGGGCUCAAGAAGAAGAAGAAGAGGAAGUCGGGUCGACAGAGUUUGCCCUUGACUUUGUAUGGGCAUAUACUGUUUUAACGUUGAUCCUUAAUUCCCGUACGCGCGUGUUAACUAAAGCGGCGUUGUACAAGUGUUCGUUGGCAAUAAUUAUAAUUUAUAAGUAGUAACGACCGGUAUCCCAUUACUUCUGCCCUCUUAAGUAAUCCUGACGCUUGUAUGUGUAUUUCGGACUUCCGCGCCACAUCACAUGUAAUUCGUUAUUUACGGUCUGUUUCGCCAGAAGCAAUUGACUCUAAACGUUGUACGAUCUCUUAUAGGUCCAUCUGACCUGCAGAUCGUUAAGGAAAGCCUUACAAUGUAUAUAUUUGUUUAUUCCAGUGGCAUAUUGGUUCCAGAGUAAAGAAUUAUUAUGUCACAACCAUGAUAUUUAACGAGACAUGCCAAAUUCCUGAAAAAUUAAAAUUGUUUUAUUAUAAUAAUUAUUUGUUCACCUAUGCAUAUACAAAUGCAUAUAAAUAUAAUAAUUAUUGUUUUAAUCAUUGUUUUUAACUUGUUCACUUAUGUUCUCACUUAUUUAACUUAAAUUAUUGUUUUGCGCACUUAUGCUAUUUAUCAUUUUUAUUUAAUUUUAUUUUAAUGAAAUACUAUAAUGUAUUUUAUAUUAACAUUUUAAUUUAUUGCAAUUGUGCAAUAUUCGUGCGCACAUAAGUCAAAAAGGCUGCACAAAUAAACAGACUUAAGGCUAUCACACACAAAAUGACAUAAACUGCAUAAGUAUAGCACAAGACCAUUAAACCAAUCAGUUUCCAGCAUAAAGUCGCCAUAUUGAUAUACAUAAAAUGCUUAUUGGCCUAGAGCUCUUAUGCUAUGCUUAUGCCAUUUCGUAUGUGAUGGCCCUUACUACUGAAACGAUGCUACCAAUGCACAGAAAUUAAAAUCAUGUCACCUAGAGAUUUUCGUUGGUACCAACUAUGUCCCCUUUACUUUUUGGGAAAUUGUCACUUUACUCAAAAUUUUAUAGAAAGAAAAAGAUGGCGGCCAAUGGUAAACCAUAGAACUUAUACUGUAUUAUAUAAUGGAACUUAUAUUAUAUAAUGAAAGAGGAAUAGCGUAUACCUAUAAAGACUAGAACCAGGAGAUCGAUCUCUGUGGUUUUGAGUGAGGCGAAAAUUUGUUAAAAAUGUUACCAAAUGGUGGCGCUGACGAUACUGAUACACCGGGAUAUACAGGAAUAUAUUCCAACUCUAGAUACAAUUGUCUAGUCUAUGUUUAUCGUCGUCAGCCGUGCUAAUGGUGCUAGGCUGUACGCAGUUGUUGUAUUGGUAUAAGAAAACUAAGAUAAGUACUCUAAAUGUAAAAUUGCUGAGAUUUUUAUUAUAAAUUUGCAUUUAUUGUCAAAUGCUUGUCGUUAUACUUCAUAUUGUUUCCGGUAAAUCAUUGUCGCCAGCGCCACCAUUUGUACUACAUUUUUAACAGAUUUUCGUCCCACUUUUGGAGGCGAAAUCAGGCUUAGUUCGGUCUCCUGGUUCUAGUUUCCAUAAGUAUAAGUUUUAUGUGGUAAACAGAUAGGACCUUAGCCAAAAUCCAUAAAAAAGGGAGGGGAUAAUGUUGGCAAUAAUGGAAAAUCUCUAGAAUCCAUAAAUUCAUUUCUGAGGUUGACAACACUGUGGUUCAUUCAGGGCAGCGAUCAUGUAACUUUUUCCUUAGGGCGAAAACGUGAAAAGUGAAAAGUUUCAUGUAACUAUUUCUUUCUAUCGUGUUAAAUAGAAAGAGAGAGUAACUUGAAACUUUUCACUUUUCACAUUUCCGCCCUAGGAGAAAAAUUACAUGAUCGAUACCCAGGAGUAGCAUGGAGGAAUGCAACGCAAAACCGUGGUUGUGACAGAUGGUGCAUUGAAAAAUCAAAAUAACUUCGUGGAGAUGACAGGUCAGCAAGACGCAGUAUAAAGUUCAAGUCAUAGACUGACAUUAAUACGUGUACUUUAAUCUUAAAAAAGGAUUUCCAAAUCUAUAAAAGAAAUAGGGCAAAAUGGAGAAAAUAUGAACGCCGGGUAAAACCGGACACCACUAUUUUUGUAUUUGUCCGUCAUCUCUCUUUUCAGUAAGUGUACCAUGUACAAACUUGACACGCUCAAUUAUAAACAAACAUUCACGACAACAGGCUGUGAACACGUUUCAAAGUAAGUUAUGGCAAAGUUUUGUUACAUGUUCCUUCUAAUAUUUCGAUCAGUGCAUUUUCUGUGUUGUGUCUUUUUAAGUAGUAAUAUUAUAAUGUUCUAUGUUCAUUCGCUUAUUAUUAGAUUGAAAAAUAAUAUUGUAUAUACAUUUUUUUAUGUGUGCGUGUUCAUAUGUAUCUUGUAACACUUUUUAAAGUUAGAUAUGCUGUGGAGUAAUGCCGAAUAUUUAUGGACGUAAAAGAAAAAAGAAUAGGAGAAAAUAAAAGAGAAAAAAAAGAAAAAAAACGAAAACAAAUAGGGAAAAAAAGGAAAGUAAACAGAAAUUAUUAAAAAGACUAUCAAACAAGAAACCAAAGAUUGAAAGAAGACUUAAAAAGGAAGAAAGCUGAAGAAGCAUAAAGAAUGUAAAAAAAGGAAAAAUUCUGCAUAAUUUGCAAUAAGAAGUAUAUUUUUUCAACAAUCCACCAACAAUGUGCAUUGGAUAAUGUGUAUUAAAUACCGAAAAUUGGCACAAGAGGACUGCAUUGGUAGCAGUUCUUCAAGCGGCUGCUUGUAACAAUUGUUUUUUGUGACAAGUAAACUUAUUCUUUAUGCCUGUA